AUGAAGCUCGCCGCUAUCUUCGCACUUACGCUGGCAACCCUAACUGUUGCCGCUCCGGCCGCCGCGCCGCUCGAGAAACGCAGCUGCAAGAGCGACUGCUCUAGCUUGGCAUCCCGGUACUGCACCUCCAGCUGCAACGGCAAUGGCUCGUGCUUUGCGGCCUGCUACCCGGGCAACUACAACACCUGCGUAAAGAAUUAUUGCUAG